AUGGCAGUACUAUCCUCUCCGCUAGUGCUGAUACAAUCGGUACCACCCGUUACGCGUGCAUACACGGUUGCAACUGUCGUCUCGUCGGCGUUGUAUGGAUGGCUCUGCUGGAAAGGCUCGAGGACGGAAGCCGCCCAAUACAUGACACUCGUACCAGGGUCCGCGCUUUUUUCCCCAUGGACACUUUUCACGUCAUCACUCGUUGAAACAACCAUAUUCGAGUUCAUUGCAACUUUAAUCUUCGUGCCCCCAUCACUCAAAUAUCUCGAAAGACUAUGGGGAGGACUAGAGACAUUCAAAUUCAUCUUUGUCUCUAUCGUUGCUUCAAACGUGAUCGUGUUUGGGUUUAGCUGGAUCGAAUUUAUCGUGACAAGAAACGCGGACCUAUUCCUGUAUGGCAUGCAAUAUCACGGCCAAAUGGCCCUGCAGAUCGCAAUAUUGGUCGCCUUCACGCAACUCAUUCCUGAGCACCAAGUUCAAAUACUUGGAGUCAUCAAGGCCAGAGUGAAGAGCCUACCCAUGGCCUAUCUUACCUUAUCCACCGUACUAUGCAUAGUCGGUUUCCAGUGUCCUUGGAUCAUUAUUCAGUUCGGAUGGUUCGUCGGUUGGGUGUAUCUCCGUUUCUACAAGAAGAACCCAGGAGAAUCUGUCGGUGGUGGUGAUACAUAUGGCGACAGGAGCGAGACUUUCUCAUUAAUAUCCUGGUUCCCGCCCUUCAUGCAUUUCCCUCUCACCCUUCUUGGAAAUUUUGUGUAUUCGUGGGCCAACCGUCUUCACCUCAUCCCAACUUCAGGUUCGGAUGUUGAACUUGGUGGAUAUGCCCCGGUUCCAGGAAACGCUCGGGCUGAGGCUGAACGACGAAGAGCAAUGGCACUGAAGGCUUUGGACCAAAGGGUCGCCAAUAACUCCUCUCCAGUGGGAUCCAAUUCAACGAACACUCCAUCUUCACAAUCUCGGUCUCCUCCGACAGUUGGCUCGACUCGUGUAGAUGCAACAUCACCUUCACCCACCAAUGGGAGCCUUGAUCGCUCGAAGAGUGGCAGCGACUCAGAUGAAGCUACCAAAACCAAGUCAUAG